GUACGUCAGGAGGUACUGUAUGGCCGCCAAAUUCACUGGUCUUACGCCGGUAAAAUUGUCAAGCGGAAUUUAGAUCCAACACAUUCUUAACACACCUUAACAAUGUUUGGAACGAGUUCUGGUUUCGGGCCUGGAGGGACCGGUGUCUUUGGCAGCACAGCAGCGGAUAACCACAAUCCCAUGAAGGAUAUCGAGGUGACUUCCCCACCCGAUGACAGCAUCAGCUGCCUGGCCUUCAGCCCCCCAGCUAUGCCUGGGAACUUUCUGAUCGCUGGGUCCUGGGCCAAUGAUGUUCGAUGUUGGGAAGUGCAGGACAAUGGGCAGACAGUCCCCAAGGCGCAGCAGAUGCACACAGGCCCAGUGUUGGAUGUCUGCUGGAGUGAUGACGGGAGCAAGGUUUUCACUGCGUCCUGUGACAAAACUGCCAAGAUGUGGGACUUGAACAGCAAUCAGGCCCUACAGAUAGCACAGCAUGAUGGUCCUAUUAGGACAAUCCACUGGAUAAAAGCCCCAAACUACAGUUGUGUGAUGACAGGCAGCUGGGACAAAACUCUGAAGUUCUGGGACACGCGUUCCCCCAACCCCAUGAUGUCUCUGCAGAUCCCAGAGAGGUGCUACUGUGCAGACGUGGUGUACCCCAUGGCAGUGGUUUCUACAGCUGAUCGGGGGCUUAUCGUUUACCAGUUGGAAAAUCAGCCCUCUGAGUUCCGCCGGAUAGAGUCUCCCCUCAAGCACCAGCAUCGCUGUGUGGCCAUCUUUAAGGACAAGCAAAACAAACCUACAGGCUUUGCCCUGGGAAGCAUUGAGGGACGGGUGGCUAUUCACUACAUAAACCCACCCAACCCAGCCAAAGACAACUUCACCUUCAAGUGCCACAGGUCCAAUGGAACAAACACGACAACCCCGCAGGACAUAUACGCUGUGAACGCCAUCGCCUUCCACCCUGUGCAUGGGACUUUGGCCACCGUAGGGUCAGAUGGUCGCUUUAGCUUUUGGGACAAAGAUGCUCGGACCAAGCUGAAGACAUCAGAGCAGCUAGACCAGCCCAUCACAGCAUGCUGCUUCAACAACAGCAAUGGGAACAUCUUCGCCUACGCCUCCAGCUACGACUGGUCUAAGGGACACGAGUAUUACAACCCCCAGAAAAAGAACUACAUCUUCCUGCGGAACGCAGCCGAAGAGCUGAAACCACGGAACAAGAAAUGAUUCUGCCAGCUGUGUCACAACUGUUGUGGAAAACUCGAAGGUCCACACACGCUCUGGGGACCUGCAUUAAUAUGUAAAUGCAGAAACCGUAUUGACUCAAACCAGGACCAAUGGCACGGCAUUGCGUACUGUAAAUGGACCAAUCAGAAGGGCUCUUCUGCUCAGUAUUGACAUCAGUUGCGUGAUUUGCAGGAGAAUGGGAAUUUUUGUCAUUUUUGCUUUUUGUCUAUUUUUAUAUAUUGUUUCCAUAGGGAAAUUGUUCUCAACAUUCUUUGCUUGUCACAUGAA